AUGAUUUCUAUGUUGAAAGGGAUGAACUUUAAGUUAUGGAAAGAAAUUAUGGAAAUUAUUCUUGGUUGCAUGGAUCUAGACCUUGCGCUAAGGAUGGAGAAACUCACUUCCACUACAAAAAAUCCAAACGUGGAUAACAUUGAGAAGUGGGAGCACUCUAAAUGCAUGUGUCUGAUAAUCAUGAAACGCUCCAUUUCAGAGGUGUUUAGAGGCUCUAUUACUGAGAGCACUGGUGCUAAAAGGUUCUUCAAAGAGAUUGAGCAAUAUUUUGCCAAAAAAGAAAAGGCAGAAAUGAGUAACGCAUUGGCAAAACUUAUAACCAUGAGGUAUAAAGGAAAUGGGAAUAUAAGGGAGUACACAUUGGAGAUGUCUAAUCUUGCGAGGAAACUCAAGGCACUAAAGUUAGAGUUAUUUGAUGAUUUUCACAUGCACUUGGAAGAAAGGCUUCAGAGAGAAAAGACUGAUAGUGCUCACUUGGCAUCAACCUCUCAAAAUAAGAGAAAGAAGAGAGCUAAAGACAUUGCAGAUGAAUAA